AAGAAAGAACUCGAAAGCAUUCUCAGUUUGUGGGAGGAUUUUUCAAACAAAAGCAAGUAUCGGAUUGAACGGGUCCAUUUAUAUUCAAUAAAAGGUAGAGAGUUGUAAAGGAAUAAGAAGAACAACUUCAGGUAAUAGAUUAAUUAAAAAAAACUUUGCAACAUGGUGGACUAUUACAAAGUCUUAGAAAUAACGCGCAGUGCUUCUGAGAAUGAAAUAAAAAAGGCCUACAGGAAAUUGGCAUUAAAAUGGCAUCCUGAUAAAAAUCCUGAUAAUCUGGAUGAAGCCAAUCGACGUUUUCGUGAACUAUCAGAAGCUUACGAAGUGUUGUCGGAUGACGGUAAACGUAAAAUAUACGAUAGGCGUUCGACCCUACAUAAAAGUUCUUAUACUGGUAGUAAUAGCUCAUCAACGAAAUACUCCUCUUCUACGUAUCCUAAUGCUGGCUCUUCAGAUGCUUACGCCAAUUAUCGUUAUCGCACUUCAAGUGGAGGUGGUGGUGGUGGUGGUAUUGGCCGCGAUUAUGGUAGUUACUCUCCCUCCUCUUAUGGUUAUGGUUCAGCAAAACGAGGCAAUCGCUAUCAGACAUUUACCUUUAGAAGUCUAUUUGAGUCGACACCAUUCCACAAAUUGUUCGAGAAGAAACGCCUUAUAUACGACCAAUAUGGCAAAGAAGGUCUAAUGGGUGAUCGUGGACAUAGUUCAACGCGACAUCAUGGCCACGAGGAUGACUUUGAUUUAAUGGGCGGUUUUCCAUUUGUUUUUCGUUCGCCUGAAGAAGUUUUCCGUGAAUUUUUCGGCACUUCACCAUUUGCUAGUUUAUUUAAUGAUCCCAUGAUAUAUUCGGUCAAUAGCGGUGGACGUUCGAACAUGUCGGGGGCACGCGGGAGUAGCCGUAAUCAUCAACACCAUCAACAACACGGUAUAAAUACGAAAUUCAAUUCACCAAUGGUCAACUACUCAAUGAUGGAUUUUCUAAUGCCAGGCAACAAUGGCUUCUCGUCAUUUGCUACAUUUAGUAGCAGCGUAUCAAAUGGCUCUUCAGGACGUAGUGGUGGUGUUAACGGUGCCGUCAAGCGUACCUCGACGUCAACCACUUUCGUUAAUGGCAAAAAGCUAAUGACCAAACGCGUGUUUGAAAAUGGUAAAGAAACUGUUCUUUCAUAUGAAAACGACGUCCUGAAAUCAAAGACUGUGAACGGAGUUGCCCAAAAACUCUCUUCAAUUAGCAAUUAAGGCACAAGUCAUUAAUGAAAAACAAACUAAUCGUAACAAUUUAACAACAACAA